AGCGUUUCCAAGCACCAUGUUCAGCCGCUCUAUGACUGCUUCAGGCCAUCGCCGUACCGUUUUGCUCAUAGGUAGGACAGGAAAUGGCAAGUCAGCUUGCAGCAAUGUCAUCGCUGGUUGCGACCCUUCCAAUUCUGAAUCACAGCUCUUCAAAGAAAGCGACGGUUGUGGUAGUGAAACCAAGGUCAUUCACGUGGAGACGGUAACGUUCACCCAGAGCCACAACAACUACGCUAUAAAAAUUGUUGAUACCAUUGGUCUUGGAGAUACAGACUUGUCGGAAACGGAAGUGCUGAAGUGCCUAGCUAACGUUUGUACCGUGUGCAAGGAAGGCAUCAACGUUGUUUUCUUUGUGGUUGGACGUCGCAUGACAAAAGAAGAAGCCGAUGCUUGGGAUAUUAUUUGGAAGAUCAUAUUUACUGCAGAUAUCUGCAAGUUUACAACAUUGAUUCGCACCCAGUUUCCAAAAUUCAUGGAACCUGUUCGAGUUGCUGCCGACAGCGAUGCUCUGACAAAAUGUGAAAAAGGCAGCAGAGUCAUGAAAAAGGUCAAAAAGAUCAUUCACGUCGACAAUCCACCGUCUGACUACCCAACCUCACAAGCAACUCGUACACAGUCAAGAGAGCUGCUACUGGCGGAAAUUAUUAUGCGCGACGAAGUUUACAAACCGCCGCAGUUAGAUGACGUGAAUGAGCGUGUAUCGAAUUACUGUGAGGACAUGGCUACUGCAAAAGAGAGAAUAGCUAAGCUAGAAUCUAAAGUGGAAAGACUAGAGAGUCAGAGCGAAAUCGACAAAUUUCGUUAUCAAGCAGAACUUGCUAAUGAGAGGGAAAAAGCUGUUCGAGCAGAGCUUGCAGUACAUCGCGAAAUGACUAAGUUUCUUAAAGAAAGAGUAUACCAACAUGAAGCUGAACGUGCCAACUCUUCGUGCCUCAUACUUUAGAAUCAGCUAAAAAACAAACGUGCACGUGGUGUAUU